UCUUUUCCUUUCCACCUUUCUCAGCUCUUUCUCUCUCUUGCGCUUGACCAAUUCAAUGUUUUUUUAGCAACAUUUUGUCGAAUGUCUGUGUUUUAUGUUAUCUCCAAUUCUCAAUCUAAUUCAGUUUUCGAAUCUUUCAAUUGAAUUCAAUUUUAAUCCUCGAAUAAUUGUGGUUGAAGUGAACUUCUUUUUCAAUUGAAUUUAUUCGCGUCAAUGUUUACCUGUUAUUCAGAGUUAGGUUUUGAAGGCUAGGAACAGCUCGGAAUCGUGCUCUGAGUUUUCAGAUACACAUGAAUGGAAUUCCGUUGGGAUUUUCUAGAUUCGCUUGAUCCUGAUGUUUCGAGUAAGAUUUUGAUGAGCUUGGAUGAUCCGGCUGAUAUUGUCCGGGCUAGUUCAGUGUCAAGAACGUGGCGCGAUUUUGUAAUAACAAAUGGGAUAUGCAAGCAUCUCUGUCUAAAGCUGUUUCCGCAGUUAUCUGGCAUUGCUCGUGUCGUUGAUGUAAGCAUCAGGCAAGAGAAGGGCGCAGAUGUUGGUUGCAGUCGGUUCGUUGAAUGGGAGCAUUUAAAAAAAGAACACAAAGUGUUCGUCUCCUUAGCUCGAGGUCUUACAUCAUCAGAGGUGGGUGAAUGUCUAUCAGAUGCCAUUGGUGCUUCCAGCACAGAUAAUUAUCCGGAAGAAGGUGUUCAUAACACUCUGGAAUCCAGGGACCGCAUUGGACGUAGAGCCUCAUACUGGUCGAGCUCAGGACAGAGUAACCUGGAAGUGCCGGAGAGACUAACUUAUAAGUUGAUUUCUGAAUGUUGUAUCAUAACUGAAAUAAAUAUUCAGCCUUUUCAAGCCUUUUUUCAAGCGAAUUGUCCUAUAUAUUCUGCAAAAGUGGUACGUUUCCGCAUGGGUUACAGAAUAUUGUCUGACGAUACUGAGGAAGAUUUUGCAGACAAAGAAGGUCCGCGAUUUGCUGAGGAAAACUUUGUUUGGACUUACACUACACGAGAAUUCCCAAUGGUGCAGGAGAAUCACUUACAAAAUUUCAAGCUCCCAGAACCUGUUCUUUGCUUAGGUGGAUUCCUGCAGAUAGAGCUUCUAGGUAGAGUUCAGAAGCAAGAAAUGGAUGGACUCUUUUACAUAUGUAUGGCUCAUGUUCAAGUUAUGGGGCGUUCCCUGUUCCCUGUUUUUGGGGUUGAAUCUCUUGAGCCAAGUGGAAGGUUUACACUCAUGUACAACCCCCAUGCCCAAUACUUUUCUCCGUGUCACGAGGACACUGAGGAAAUCUCUCUACGACCAGAGAUGGUUCAAAGACAUGUUAGAGGUUGGGAGCAGAUUUUGAACAUGUUGCGGGGAACUCUUGGAGUUGAGGUUUAUGAUUCAGAGGAUGAACACCACGAUUCAGAAGACGAGGAGGGGUUUGCUGAGGACUUUGCUGCUUAGUAUUUAUCUGAGGGUCACAUUUUUCAAUUUUCAUAUUGUAUCUGUAAAAGUCAUUCUAGCCCAUGCAUCUAACGGCUAUGUAUUUUAUUACGUCAGUCGUUGGGCAGUCGAACUCUCGUGAGAUGAGUGAGACUCUAUCCCGGUAACGGUUCUUGUUUCAACAUUAAAUAAGCGUCGUAGGACGUCACCUCAAUGCUGCGACUGUUCCGCCGCUGUAAAUAGUGCCUUUUUUCUUUUUUUUGGAUGGAGUAAAUAGUAACUUUUAACAAGGGAGAAAAGCCAAAAGAGUGGGAUCUUAAUUAAGUUUGAGACAUCCAUCUUGGUUGAUUUAUUUGUUUUGGAUUGGCUGUGUUUGCUUUGUGAUAAUAGCGAUGCUUCCUGUGUUGAUUUUAA